AUGGCUCCAACAAAAGCAGUCGCAACUAAGGACAAGUACUCUGUUAUUCUACCCACAUUCAACGAGCGUCGAAACUUGCCCAUUAUUACCUGGCUGCUCAACCGUACCUUUACUGAGAAUAAGCUCGACUGGGAACUCAUCAUCGUUGACGAUGGCUCACCCGACGGAACGCAAGUGGUAGCCCAGCAACUCGUCAAAGCCUACUCGCCGCACGUGAUCCUCAAGACGCGCUCUGGAAAGCUGGGCCUGGGAACCGCCUACGUACACGGCCUGCAAUUCGUCACGGGCAAUUUCGUCAUCAUCAUGGACGCCGACUUCAGCCACCACCCCAAGUUCAUCCCGCAGAUGAUCGAACGCCAACGCGCCGGCAACUUCGACAUUGUGACGGGCACGCGGUAUGCCGGCAAUGGCGGCGUCUACGGUUGGGACUUGAAGCGCAAGUUCGUCAGCCGCGGCGCCAACCUCUUCGCCGACACUGUCCUGCGCCCCGGCGUUAGCGACCUGACCGGUAGCUUCCGCCUCUAUAAGAAGUCUGUGCUGCAGAAGGUCAUCGAGAGCACCGAGAGCAAGGGAUACACCUUUCAGAUGGAGAUGAUGGUGCGUGCCAAGGGCAUGGGCUGCACCGUUGCCGAGGUCCCGAUUACUUUUGUUGAUCGCCUGUACGGUGAGUCAAAGCUGGGCGGUGAUGAGAUUGUUGAGUACGCAAAGGGUGUGCUCAGCCUGUGGCUGAAGGUAUAG